GAAAUAACUGCAGCUUCUUCUGAUACCGGUAGAUCACGUGAUAGAGUGAAACCGACACCAUUUGGUACGACCGCCAUGCAACCAGACAAAGGCACUAUAUAAUCCUAAUAAUACAGUUUGUCCCAGGGAAUAUCCCGAUAUACUGACAUCAUGUCGACACCGAAAGGCAACAGAAUGAUUUGGAAGUUGACACCCGACAUUAUCAAGAAGUCGGCUGAUGAACUCAUGUCCAAAACCAAAGCUGCUUACAACGGCGUGGGGGCACUAUCACCAGAUGCUGUAACCUAUAACAAUGUUGUGAAGGUACUUGCUGAUAAUGAUUGUGAAUAUGAAGUGAAGCGGAACAACCUGACCUUCCUGCAGCUUGUAUCUCCCGAGAAAGAGCUCAGGGACGCCAGUGUAGAAAUUGACAAAAAACUCUCUGAAUUUGACGUGGAAAUGAGUAUGAGGCAAGAUGUUUAUGAUGCACUUGUUGCUUUUGAGAAAAAAAUCCCAUCAGAAGAAUCAACAGAAUCCAGGAGAUAUGUAGAAAGAAUGAUCAAGAUCGGCAGACGAAACGGUCUCCACCUGUCCACAGAAAAACAGCAAAUGAUUAAAGAAAUCAAGAAGAGAAUGAGUGAUCUGUGCAUCGACUUCAGUAAAAACCUCAACGAAGAAAACACGGUUCUUACCUUCACAGUUGAGGAACUCGUCGGACUUCCUGUAGAUUUCCUUAAAUCUCUUGAAAAGAAUGAAGAUGGCAAACUGAAAGUGACGUUGAAGUACCCGCAUUAUUUCCCUUGCAUGAAGAAAGUGAGAAACCCAGAGACAAGAAAGAAACUAGAGACAGCAUUCAACUCCAGGUAUCCACGAUGUCUUCAUCCAAAUACAUCCAUUUUGGAGGAACUGGUAGAGCUUAGAAGUCAGAAUGCAAAUAUUUUGGGGUUCCCCACCCAUGCAGAUUUUAUCCUCGAAAUGAGAAUGGCCAAAGAUCCCAAGAACGUGAAAACAUUCCUUGUGGAUCUAGCUCAAAAACUCCGUCCUCUACAAAGUCAAGAGGUCAAAGUCUUCCUCAACUAUAAACAAGAGGAGUGUGAGAAGUACGGGUAUGAAUUUGAUGGGAAGAUUAACUGGUGGGACUUACGAUACUACAUGACGAUAGCAGAAGAAUGUCAGUAUGAAGUAGAUUCGAACCUCCUAAAAGAGUACUUCCCAAUAGAAGUUGUGACUGUUGGAUUGCUGAACAUUUACCAGGAGCUGCUAAAUCUCAAGUUUACUCAGGUGAAAGAUGCUGAAGUUUGGCAUCCCGAGGUCACCUUGUACGGUGUUGAGGACAAAGAGUCAUCCAACCUCCUGGGCUAUUUUUAUCUUGAUCUUCAUCCUCGGGAGGGUAAAUUUGGACAUGCUGCAUGUUUCGGACUUCAGCCAGGAUGCCUGCAGUCGGACGGAACGAGACAGAUUUCUGUGGCAGCAAUGCUCGCUAAUUUUACCAAGUCAACAAAAGACAGACCAGCCCUUCUAAGUCACGAUGAGGUGAAGACGUACUUCCAUGAGUUUGGUCAUGUCAUGCACGAGAUUUGUUCUCAGGCUGAAUUUUCUCUGUUCCGGGGUACCAAUGUGGAAGUGGAUUUUCUAGAAGCUCCGUCCCAGAUGUUAGAGAACUGGUGCUGGGAGAAAGAGCCGCUCAGGAGAAUGUCCAAACAUUACAAAACGGGGGAACCGAUUCCGGACGACCUUUUGGAGAAACUGAUCAAGAGCCGGAUCGCCAACGCCGGGAUGUUCAACCUUCGCAAAAUUCUUCUAGGAAUGUUUGAUCAAACCAUACACACCAACAGCAAGGCUGACACGGCCAAACUGUUCUCGGAGCUCUCAGAAAAAUACCUAGGAUUCACGUCCACAGAAGGAACAAAUAUGCCUGCCUCGUUUGGCCAUCUGGCGGCGGGAUAUGAUGCCCAGUUUUAUGGAUACCUGUGGAGUGAAGUGUUCUGUAUGGACAUGUUUUAUACCCGUUUUAAGAAGGAGGGCAUCAUGAGUCCAAAAGUGGGCGGGGACUACAGAAGAUGUAUACUGCAGCCGGGGGCAUCCAAAGUAAGACAUUUUAAAAGAUGUACCCUCGUAUAUCAGACCUUAAUGUUUUCAAAAACCCAGGUGAAAAUGCAUGCUCCUGUACACAAAAUAUGAAAAUAAUGUUGGACUUCAUGUGCUCUUUUCUCAUAGUGACGUCACUCGGUACCAGUGUCUGUAUAUUUCAGUGAUGUUUGUUACCGUAAUUUUUUUUUCCAGAAUUGACUUUGUCAAAUGAACAAGUGAAGAUAUUGAACAGUGAUCAAUCUCAUAAAUCCUACAAAGAAUAAAAAAUAAUGAGAAGGGCAAACACGGAUCCCUGGACAUAUCAGAGAUGGGAUCAGGUGCCUAGGUGGACUAAACAUCCCCUGUUGACCGGUCACACAUCCGCUGUGAGCCGUAUAUCUUGAUCUAGGUAAACGGAGUGAUCCGUAGUCAAAAUCAGUAUAUAAAAACGGUCUAACAAUCGGUAUGAAACACGUCAGACAGCAUGUCAGCCAGUGAUAGGUUGUAUUUGCAAAAUAGAUUGUUAUAACGACAAUAGAAUUUGCGAAAUGCUAACUUUAAGCGAGACUGUUGAAACUCCUAUAACUUCAACGUACAUGUCAUUAGUCUAUCUCGAUUUAUAUUUGAUGAUAUGCAGAACAUGCUCUCGCGUCUUGAAUCAGUUGUGAGACAUAAACACCACAUGUAGGUGAUGAUGGAAUAUUGCUACACAAUAUGGGGAAUUGACGAUGAAGAAGCUGAAGUCAUUUCGUUUGUCAUAUUCUUAUGUCGUUUGGUUGUUGUUGAUAUCUAUGUUCAAUGAAAUAUCCAAAUAUGAAGCAGAUAUGGAAUACUCUAUGGUGUCUUUUAUUUCUAGUUACUGGGGUAUAUUGAAUCUACAUACAUGUAUGAAUGAAAUGAGUAUUGUUAAUAGAUAAAAUAUCGUCAAUAGGUCUAAAUGUCGAGUUGAGGGCCACGGCAAGAGAUUUUUUUUUUCUUUUCAUGUAGAAGCGUUUGAAUAAAUUCUGUCUCAUAUGAAUACAAAAUCAGGUCAGCUAAUAAUGGAACACAAUUUGUGUCAUGGGAACUCCAAAAUAUUCUUGCAAGACCUGAUCACCAAAGACUACAUAAAUGAGAGGCGAAGAUAGCGAACAGUGAUCAAUCUCAUAACUCCUAUAAUAUGAUAUUGUCAAUGAGGAACUCCAUCAUCUUUUCAUAUCAACUCCAGAGUACUUGAGCGCAGAAUCAGAGUGGUGUUUAAAACGUACUUUUUGAAUGACUGAUCACAAGAUAUGAAUAUUUCCGCGUUCCAUUAUCUUAAUUAAAGACAGCUGUUUAUGAUUGUCAGUUGUUUUGGUCUUUAAUUUAUCGUGAGGAAUGGUCUUAUGAAAUGUUGAAAAUUCGUACGUUUUGAUGUUGAUGUGGGAAAAGUUUUGUGAUUUAAAAUUUACUAAACGUUCUUUGAAUUGUUUGAGAAUCCACAUUAGAGUUAAUGUUGUAACAUGAUACGUCUAAAGUUUCCCCUUCACAACAGUUAUUAUAGUAGAUAUAGGGGCUUGGUAGAACAUUUACUGGAUCCAGCAAUAUAUAUCUGUUUGUAAGAGCUUUUGUGUAGUUUUGGAAUCCAGUUCAGAUACGGUAAUUCACAUUCAUUCGGGAUAUCAAAUGUGUUUAAAACUGAAACAUGAUUUUGAAGAAUUUCGUCUUUGGAAAGGGAACUUGGAGUAUAUGCUGGAUUACCAAAUGCGAAACUAAAGCUAAGUUCGUUUAAAAUAAGUUGAAAUAAUGAGCCUUACAAAAACAAUGUUGACACAAGUUAAAUAUCAUUUCAGGAUGCUGCUGACAUGUUACGUAACUUCUUGGGUCGUGACCCAACACCGGAAGCUUUCUUGACUAGCAAGGGACUUAAUUCAAACGUAUAAAAUACAACUUUUACUGACACUUGUGAUGCCUUAUGCAAGAGAUGCACCAGGGAUUACUAAACAUAUGAGAAAGAGACAAUCAAAAGAGCGAAAAUUCCAUGAUUGGAAUGACUUAACAUGCUCGAUUUUGCGUUAUUUAUGCUUUUGCUUUUUACUUUGACUUUUGUGUUGCUUUAUGGUCUAUUUGUUGGGGAUUACCUAUUAAUCAGUUAGCCUUAUACCGUAAAAGCAUUGAAUUUAUUAUUGGUUAUUCCAUGUUAAGCCUUUAGAAGCUAUCAAGACCAGUCAUCUUUUGCAUAUUCAUGAAUGCUUUCAUCAUUACACAGAUCUUUGCAUUGUUAGUUAUCAGUAGUAGAUGGUGCUGCAGUGAUAGGUGUCUUCAUAUUCAUCAGCAGGAAUUUUUAGAAGAAACUGGAAACCAGACUGCUUACCUGUUUUGUAUGAAAAAGGGCCAGAAAAGGAUUUAAGAAAUAAAUAAAACACAUAACGGUUUCUUUUCAAUGUAUCAGCUCAGUAUGAAUAUUCAUGACAAGCUGGAUUCCUAUUCAAACUGAUAUUUUUUUUAAUAUUACAAUGUAUUCAGAGAGUUGUGAUGUUGCUUGCUGCUUGGUGAUAGGGAUGCAUGUCAUACUAAAUAAAAUAUUAUUUUGACAAACAA